CCCUCUUGGCGCUGAAGCUAAUGCUCUGUAGAAUAGGCAAUGCCAAAGUUAUCUAAUAUGCCAAGUAAACGAUACCCGGGUUCGACCCGCUCAGCCCCAGCCAUAGUUUGGUAAUGGGACGGUAAUUUCCACACACCUUACCCGAAUCGGAUGAUGCCCGGGGAAGCAGAAGGUUUGAAUACGAGCACAUUGCUUUCUUCCCCUGAUUUUGGUGGAUAGGGGUGACUGCCGAGAAAAAAGGAAAAAAAUAAUAAAGGCCCAGCCAGCGCGUGGCCUAAUUUACUAAUAUGCUUUUCAUCACUCGGUUCUGAGCAAUCCAUCUGACAAGUCAAGAUGCCGCGCUUAGCAAGAUUGGCUUUGGCCAUUUUCGGACUCGCCGUUCCAGCGCUCGCUAAGAAAGUCGACAUCUUGAGCCUGCAGGAUGGCGACGAAGUGCCCGGCAGAUACAUCGUGAGCCUCAAGCCCGACAUAGAUAUUGGGGUCCACUUGGAUUGGGUGCUCAACGUGCGCAAACGGAGCCUCUCCCCUUGCAGUACUAACGGUCCCGAGAAGACGUAUGGGUUUAAGGGCUUCAACGGGUACGCGGGCGAAUUCGACGAAAAGACUAUCGCGCAGAUCAUGGCCAAUGAGAAUGUCCUGGCCGUAGAACCCGACAGAGUCGCGCGUCUGACGUCCGUAACGCAGCAGACCAAUGCGCCGUGGGGUAUUGCAAGUUUAUCUUCGCGAUCGCAACUUGCCAAUGACAACUCGCGGGGCCACACGUAUUCUUAUAGUGACUGCGCAGGGACUGGGACGUAUGCCUACGUGCUAGACUCCGGAGUCCUAACCAACAACAGCGAGUUCGGGGGCCGCGCCAUUAAAGGCUAUAACACAUAUGCAGGCACCGAGUCCUUCGACGACCACUUCGGCCACGGAACCCAUGUUGCAGGAACCGUCGCAUCUGCCACCUAUGGCGUGGCAAAGAAUGCGACUGUUGUAGACGUUAAGGUUGUUAGAGGGCCGGGUUAUUCGACGACCUCCCACGUUAUCGACGGGAUAAAUUGGGCCGUGAAUAACAUCACCUCGACGCCGGGACGAGCCAGCAAGUCCGUCAUCAACAUGAGUCUAGCGUUUACAACCUCAUCAGCCCUCAACAACGCCGUCAAUGCUGCCUCUCUACUAGGCAUACUCUCCGUAGUUAGCGCCGGAAAUGACGGUGCCGAUGCCUCGACACGUUCUCCCGCCUCAGCCGGGUCCGCCUUAACAGUAGGCGCCGUAGGUUGGGAUCGGACCCGAGCUUCAUGGAGCAAUUUUGGGCGUGACGUCGACAUAUUCGCUCCCGGAGUCGACGUGCCCUCGCUGUGGAACGUGGAGGGCCUUGAAACCCUCAAUUCUGGUACUUCCAUGGCGUCGCCGCACGUCGCAGGGCUUGCGUUGUACCUCAAAGCACUCGAAGAGGGUCUAGAUUCGCCUGCCAAGACGGUUGCCCGCAUCAAGGAGUUGGCUAUCAGGGAUGUCGUUAUUGAUGCGGGGAGCGACAGCCCGAAUUUACUGGCUUAUAAUGGUAUUGCGUGAUGUACUAUAUAGUGCCAGUGUCGUGGGAACGAUGGGUUACGGAUUGCAUGCAUACCUACCUACCUACCUAAGGUACCUACGUAUCAUAGACUAUGUCAAUGAGAAAAUCAUUCAAGAGGAACU